AUGGCGUCGCUACAGGAGCGGCUCCGUUUGAUGACCGAGGACCCUCGCCGACGACAGGUUCCAAAGACACAAGUGCAUGCAGCACUGAUUUACCAACGGGAAUUUGUGCAUCGCUCGGAAGAUUUCAACACUUCGGCGAUUUCCGACUGCGCCGAAAGUCUCGAAGUGCUGAAAAAUGGCAAACGUGAAGCUCUUGAGACUCGACAGAUGAUGUGGGAGGACCACUACGCUACUCAGACACAUGCCGAACAGAGUCGCAAUGAAGCAUCAAGGCAACAGAAAUUGAGGCAGGAGACCGCCAUGUUGACUCAACUCAAGUCCGACACGGACAAGUGGAACAUGGCCAUUCAACUCAGUCUACUAGAAUAUCUCGACGUCACUCUGUCGGCCGCUUCUGACGACGUCAAGAGCAUAUAUUUCGUAAGCACCAAUAAGGCGGGAUUACCACCGUUGCAUCGAGCGUGCAAGACCAACGACGUGGCGUUGGUGAAGCUAUUACUAAAGGUGGGAGCCGAUUUAACCACGAAAGAUAAUUUCGAGAAGGAGGCAACGUUCAGUAGUAUAGACGAAGAGAACGGACAGAGUUGCUUGCACACAGCGAUCAUCAAGAACUUCCGUAAGGUUACGAUGGCGUUGAUUCGGAGCGGGAGGGCGCAAGUCAACGCCGCAACCAGAGACGGUGGCUGGACUCCGCUGCACUUGGCAGUCAUUACAGAGGAGGUCGAUGUGAUGACGGAGUUGCUAACAGCAGGUGCGAUGCUGGAUGCAGUCGACGCGGACGGUCAAACCCCCUUGUUACAGGCCUGUCUUGGUGGUAAGCUGAAAAUCGUGCGUCUUCUCCUGAAUGCCGGGGCAAACCCUGCUCAUCAGAACAAACAAGCGCACAGUCCAUUGCAUUAUCUGUCCGCUUUCUGUCGAGACCGACAGCUUCUGCGUGAUAUCAUCGCGAAUGGGGCAGACGUGAACGCCAAGUCGAUGAAGCUCAACACGCCUAUGCAUUUUGCAGCAAUGAACGGGAACGAAGUGGCUACACAAGUGCUGUUAGAGUAUGGGGCCAGUGCCAGUGUGAUCAACGAGGAUAAACGCAGCGUCGUAUACUUGGCCAAGAAAUGGCGGCACCGCUCGGUUGAGGACCUCGUCCGUCCACCGGAGGAGGAAGAUGGACACGGCGAUGUCCAUAGCAGUUCAGGACACCGCAAUAAACCCAGAUCACCAGCUUCUCGUCAGGCUCAACUGCGUUCGAUGCAGCAACACGCCCGUAGUGCAGGUCGCUCUCGUCCUAGAACAGGAGUAGUGAUCACAACGCGGUCCGAGGAAUCUGAUUCCGAGUCGCUGUACGACUUCGAAGACGACGAACUGAUCCUACCACCAUCGACUCCGUGGCCGGGUGCAAUGGAAAACUCGUCAAAAAGUAGCAAUAACAAUGAAAAGGGCAACAAGUCCAUGCCAACAACUGGAAGCUGUCAAAGCUUCAGUGAACUACGCAACCGGUUCACGGGCGAGCGCUCCCCGUUGAAACCAGUGGUGCUGGCUCAAGACCGUCAACAAGUCUUGAUGGACGAGAUCGUUGCGACUCGAGCAAAGAGAGAAGCGCAUCAAUUUCCAGUUGUUAGAACGAACACGACGCGAUUCUCGCGACAUCUGGUGGUGCAACCUCUGAUGCGCUCUCUAACCAACGCAAGCUGA